GGAAGUGGCCUUCUUUCCUUUCUGCUGGGUUGCCCGCUCCUUGCUGUAGAAAUGGGCAAGUUCAUGAAACCCGGGAAGGUGGUGCUGGUCCUGGCUGGACGCUACUCCGGACGCAAAGCCGUCAUCGUGAAGAACAUUGAUGAUGGCACCUCAGACCGGCCUUACAGCCAUGCCCUGGUGGCUGGGAUUGACCGCUAUCCCCGAAAAGUGACAGCUGCCAUGGGCAAGAAGAAAAUCGCCAAGCGAUCCAAGAUCAAAUCCUUUGUGAAAGUGUAUAACUACAACCACCUCAUGCCGACCAGGUACUCUGUUGAUAUCCCCUUGGACAAGACUGUUGUCAACAAGGAUGUGUUCAGGGACCCAGCUUUGAAACGCAAGGCCAGGCGGGAGGCCAAGGUCAAGUUUGAGGAGCGAUACAAGACGGGAAAGAACAAAUGGUUUUUCCAGAAGCUUCGCUUUUAGGUUUAUUUUUGUUUUUGUCAUUAAAAAUUAAAAAAACAAAAA